UUAAUAUGAAAUUAUUUGUAGAGAUAAAUUCAAUUUUAAAUUUAUUAAAAAUAAUAAUAAUACUAUUUACGUUUCGUUCGUGUUUAUAUACUUGUUCUUCGCGUAUAUAAACAAAUAUUGUGUAAAUAAUGUAAUCGCGCUGAGAUAUUUUUACAUUGAGGACAAAGAGUAUUGGGUAAGAGGGAUCGAAAGCGAACAGUGACAUAUCCUUUGGAAUGCAAGAUCAAAGUCGACGUUAAGAUUCUUCGAAAGAGAUAGAACUAAAUUUUGUGGUAUUCGAACAAUGUUCCAAACAGGAGAUAAGGUCAGCGCACACGAAAUGAACACGGUAGACAUAACGGCCCAAUCUUCAGUCCCCAUGCACCUUGCUGGCUUUUGCGUUCACAUUGUUUUUCUGGCACAGUCAGUAUCUAUCCUGUCGAGGUUACUGGACGCUUUAAGAUACGUGGACGAAAAAUAAGAGUGGAAAGUUCCUCGUCCUUGUUAAAAAUGUCCCUUGUUAAAUCGUUGUUUUUUAUCGUGUUAUUAUUAUUCAGUUCUACAUUACGCGGUGAAGGCAAACCGACUGAAAAUCAAUAUUUCCAGUCGAAUGUUACAAACGGUGGUUCAAAGAUUCAAGGCGAGUCUUCAAUAGAAAACUUUAAUCCUAAAAUUGUGAAAAAUGAAUACUCAAGUGAGAGAGCAAUAACCCGUAAUAAUUGUGUUGAAAAUUGUAACGAAAGAAAUUCUAAAUCCUUAAGUGAAAAUAAUCGGAUAUGUCCUUACGAGGAUAAAGAGUUAUGUCUAAUUUUUUCUUUGUCGAAGAUUGCCAAAGUUCAAGUGGCCACGCCGAGUAAAGCUUCGACCAAUCACGUCUCGAGAUCGAAUAAUUUUGACGCCGAGCCAAAAGAUGUGAAGAAUUUGAAAACGGUCGAUAAGGAAACGAAAUUGCAAAAGGAUUUUCGGAAUGAAGAGAGAUACAGGGAAGAUUUGCAGGAUUUUUCGAAGGGACGGGGAAAAUUAUCGAUCGUUCGCUGCAGAGCAAUCCGAGAUGUUUACAUACCAGAAGUGAAACGGGACCUGCCAGCUGUAGCGUGUAAAUUUGGGAAUAACACUUUCGUUUUAUCGAGCGAAAGAUUUCUCGAGGAUCGACGAUUGUAUCUCGAUAUAAGAAUCGACGAGAAUAUAUUUGAAAAUAUAAAAUACGCCAAAAUAAAAAUGUCCAGAACCAACGAAUCGAAUACGAUACCUGCGUUGCUUGUUUUAAACACGGCUAACAAUAAUUACAGGAUAGAGGCGCAUAAAAUUACGCCCGACGAGGAAGAAUUUAACGAGACAGGGGGAAAUCGAUAACGAUAAAUCAUCGGACGAGUAUAAUCGUGUGUGGAAUAAUGUUCGAAUAGCCGGUGAUAAUUUUCAAUUAUCUUCUGGUAACGAUGCAUGUAUAAAUACGAUAAAUGAUGUCGAUAGUUGGAACAAAAAAAAAAUAAACUACUUUUUAUAAACAUAAUAAUUCGAAUAUUGCAAUACCAUUUAUUUUUUUCGUAUCCUAUCUUUGAAAUAUUUUAUUUUCAUUUGAGCAUACGAUACGAAUCAUACAUGAUUCACGUUAAUCAACCAUAUACAAUAAUAUACAUAUAUAAAUUCAAUUC